GCCGGAGCCGUACAGAAACUUCACGAGAGGAAUGAGCUGGGCUCUCCGAUCGAUGGACAUUUACGGAAGCUAUGAGGCUCCUCGGCGGUGUAGUGUACGUUUUCGAAGAUCGGCCAAGGUACUCGCAGAGGAAUCAGUUUCAUCCGAGAUUCCUCCGAGAACGUUGCGGUCCGACAUCCGAACGCUGGUGUCGGGUUUAGGAGGCGAGCGGCAGACAUGGCCUCCUAGGUAUCCGGACAUCGGCGUUCAGAGAAGAUCAAGCCAAGGGUGAAACAUGGAACCGGCCUCUCACAGGAAGCAGGUGGCUCGGUCCGACUCCUCAGAGUCACAACCCGAGUCCGAUGGUUCGACGUCAGAAAAUGAUGCUUCUUCGAGGAGUGAUGUCAAGGGAAGCAUGAGUUCCCUGCGCUGCUUCCCCAUCUCGUUGCCGGGAAUGCCUUUCGCGACAUCGGCAACUCAACUAAGUCCAACUCGGAAAAAAGACCGUGGGUCUCGUCUGAAGAUCUAUGAGGACAUUCCUAAGUGGCUCCAGAACAAUCACUUCAUACGAGACGGAUACCUCGUGCAUUGUUCUGCAUCAGAGUGCAUUCAGUCGAUUUGGCAUUGGCAUAACGAGACCCUGAACAUUUGGACCCAUCUUCUAGGAUUCUUUUUUCUUCUCGGGAUAUUCCUAUACGACGUGUACUUCCGACUACCUCUUAUAGGAGCCAAUUCGCGCGAUACAUGGGCGUGUAUUCUGAUCACUGGGACAUACUGUUUCACUUUGCUCUUGUCGUCAAUAUAUCAUACUUUCAAGUGUAUGAACAAAAAGAUGUAUUACCUAUUGCUCAAGACAGACGUCGUCGGCAUCGGAAUGUCUCUCAGCGCAACUAUUAUGUCAGGCACUUAUUACGGAUUCCAUGACAACGAGUUCUGGCAAACUUUCUACUUGACCUGCGAAAUCAUCAUUUUGUCGAUUAUAUACUUCGUCACCUUCCACCCCGUAAUGGGUCAACCGCAGUUCGAGCCGCAACGUAACGUAGUCAUAGCGUCAUACGUCCUCUUCGCUAUGGUUCCUACAGCCCAUUGGGUGAUGCUGAAUGGAUUAGAAUCUCCGAUUAUUCAAUUUCUGCUGCACCGAGUCGUCAUGGUAUUUGUACAUGCGGGCGUUGCGCUCGUGAUAUUUGCUCGUCGUUUCCCGGAAUGCCUGUAUCCGGGAACCAUGGACUGCAUCGGAGCGUCACAUCAGAUCUGGCACCUAUUCGUGAUCCUCGCCAAACUCUGGUGGCACGAGACUGGUUUCAUGUUCCUGCAGUGUCACCUUCAGAAAUCGUGCGAUAAGGACGCCUUCAAAAGCCCCGUUUUUUGGUGA